GUAUAGAGAAAGAUGCAGUUACCAUUUUCACAAAGUACAUCUCUCCGGACGCUGUGAGGCCCAUCCCCAUCACUGAACAGAUCAGAAACGAUAUCGUUGCUAAAAUAUGUGGAGAGGACGGCAUGGUGGAUCCAAACUGCUUCGUCAUUGCACAGUCGGUAGUGUUCACCAUCUUGGAGCAACAGCACUUUAGCGAGUUCCUGCGGAGCCAUCAUUUCUGUAAAUACCAGAUCGAAGUGUUGACGAGUGGCUCCGUGUUCCUGGCUGACAUCUUGUUCUGCGAGUCAGCUCUCUUCUACUUCUCUGAGGUGAGCGGGCCCAGAGGUUCCCAGAACAGGAUUUUUAUCUCUUGUGUCGCUUUAUGAAAACACAUUUUUACCCCUUUUCUGAAUGACUCCUACACUGCCAGUUGAAGCAUGUUUAGUCGAUUUAUGCACCCUGAUGUCGAUCAGCCAAUAGGCAGAAAGUUGACUCCAUGGCACACUUUGAAUGGCAGCUUCCUCAAUUUGCAUAAUGAAGAAGAAAGAUGCUCGAAGACAUGCAUUAAAAAAAAAAGAAGAAAGAAAUGAA